CCAAUGACGUCACACUAGCGGCAGGCUCCAAAACCUGAACACAGAAGACAAAGCGCCUAGGCUCCCGUCUAAUAAAAAACUAAAUCAACACCGCAAACAUCAAAAGAGGAAGGUGUCCUGCAAUCAUGCAAAACCAGAAGGGACGAGUGAUCAUGUGGAGUCACAUCUGCUUGUACUCUUUUUCAGGAGUCAUUAUUUUACUAGAGAAAGUGGCACUUGUCCUGUGCUUCAUUCACUACCUCUGGAUGGGGAAAGCGCUGCUGGCUUGGCUGACACUGGCUCUAUGUUUGCCUGCCACCGCUGUCCAGCUGCUUAGUCUGAAGUGGUACAUCACUGAUACAGAAAAAAGCAAGCCUUCAAUCAUCUUUGUGCACUGCCUGCACCUGGGGAUCUAUCACAGGUUAUGGAAGUGCAUGAAGUCUAAGGGAGGGCAGGUUGAGUCUGAUGCAUUGCUAAUGCAGCAAGCAGAUGUGUCUGCUCUGUGUUUGAUCGAAUCCUUGUCACUCAGCUUGCCUCAAAGUCUACUGCAGACCUACAGUUUAUUCACCCUUAACACCGGCUUUCUGACACCAGUGGCCCUAUGUGUUGGGCUCAGCCUGCUAAAUGUGUCCUGGUUCCUGGUCCUGUACAGUCGAUCAUGCUUAUUGCUCCGUCCUGGUCACCUGCACAUGACUCCUGCUGCUAUGCUGUGCCAGCUCAUAUGGAGAAGUGGCAUGCUGGGUGCCAGGGUGGCCAGCCUGAUGUUUUUCUGCAGUGUGUUUCAUUGGUGGACCUGUGGCGUCAUGGGUUUCCACUGGCUCAUUAUGGCAUUCUGGCUAGUGUCCCAGCAGACAGAAAUCUGUGUUAACUGGAGUUCCUGGCGUCUCUUUAACGUAAUCCUAGGGGCUGUACACAUUUUCCUAUUCCUUAACAUUAAAGACGGCCCCUCACGGUACCGCAUGGUUGGGUUCUAUUUGUUAAUGUUGUUGGAAAACACGUUCCUCCUUCUUCUGGCCUCAGACUCACUCAGUAAACUUUCAUGGAAUAGUCUGAGCAUUCCUGUGGCUGUGCUAUGUAGCUUCUUCAUUGGUGUAAUUUUUGUUGUUCUUUACUACCGAUUUCUUCAUCCAAAAUCUACCGAGAUCCUUCAAAGUAUAAGAUUUCAAAUGAGCCUGUCUGCUAUCGACAGAACAGCCUCUGAUCUACAAUGCAAGGAGUCAACACUUGAAUCCUGCAAACAAAGCCAUGGCACAUUUUCAGUUACCGGUUACACUCCAGAGGAGGAUGCGGGAGCGUGUUGUUCUCAACCUUUAGGGGGCUGCGGGCACCAUCAUCAUAUGUUAUUUUACCUUGCUCUCAAAAAUGGCACCCCAAGCAAGAUCAACCGCCUUUACGGAGGGCUUUCAGGCUUACCGGGGAAUGAUAAUGUACUUGGUGCACAUUCUGGACUGAAGAGUUGUAACCAGCCGUCAUUGGACAUAAAAGAACAAUGUGAAAGUUUACCUGACCAUGCAGAGGAUGGUGAACGUGUCGAGAGACUCAGACAGUCUCCAGAGGGUGAAUCCAAGAUGCUGAAGGAUGCUGUGUAUAACACCUGCCCUGUAGAUGGCAGCAGUACUGUUUACUUUAGUGCAGAACCACACUCGGCUUAUAGUCUUGAUGAUGCUACUUUAGACAAAGAGAGCAUGACUAUAAUAAGUCCCAUCGUGAAUAAAGCUGCACCGCACUUAACUGCGAAAGAAUUAUUAAACAGGAACCCAUGCUAUACCUCAACUCCAAUACCAGACCUCAAAACAAUGCACAAUACAAGUCCUCGAUCAGGAGGAGCAAGGAGACAAGUACAUUUUUAAUGAUAGAAAAUUUGUGGAAAAUGUUGGUUUUAUUUGGGAUCAAGCUUAUGAUAAAGGUCAUACCAUACUAACCACUAUAGAUCUGUAUGUUUAAUCAUAGUUGUAGUAUCUUUACUCAUUGGUACGAACAGUUAUAAACUAGUUUACAUAUUUUUAUUAGUAUGUUUUACAUACACUCACCUAAAGGAUUAUUAGGAACACCAUACUAAUACUGUGUUUGACCCCCUUUCGCCUUAAUUCUACGUGACAAUGAUUCAACAAGGUGCUAAAAGCAUUCUUUAGAAAUGUUGGCACAUAUUGAUAGGAUAGCAUCUUGCAGUUGAUGGAGAUUUGUCCAGGGCAUUAUCCUGUUGGAAGUAGCCAUCAGAGGACAUGAUCAGAAACAAUGCUCAGGUAGGCUGUGGCAUUUAAACGAUGCCCAAUUGGCACCAAGGGGCCUAAAGUGUGCGAAGAAAACAUCCCCCACACCAUUACACCACCACCACCAGCCUGCACAGUGGUAACAAGGCAUAAUGGAUCCAUGUUCUCAUUAUGUUUACGCCAAAUUCUGACUCUACCAUCUGAAUGUCUCAACAGAAAUCGAGACUUAUAAAACAUGCAACAUUUUUCCAGUCUUCAACUGUCCAAUUUUGGUGAGCUUGUGCAAAUUGUAGCCUAUUUUUCCUAUUUGUUGUGGAGAUGAGUGGUACCCGGUGUAGCCCAUCUGCCUCAAGGUUGUGCGUGUUGUGGGUUCACUAAUGCUUUGCUGCAUACCUAUGUUGUAACGAGUGGUUAUUUCAGUCAAAGUUGAUCUUUAAUCAGUCGGCCCACUCUCCUCUGACCUCUAGCAUCAACAAGGCUUUUUCGCCCACAGGACUGCCACAUACUGUUUUUGCCUUUUUCUUACACCAUUCUUUGUAAACCCUAAAAAAUGGUUUUGAGUGAAAAUCCCAGUAACUGAGCAGAUUAUGAAAUACUCAAACCGUCCCGUCUGGCACCAACAACCAUGCCACGCUCAAAAUUGCUUAAAUCCCCUUUCUUUCCCAUUCUGACAUUCAGUUUGAGUUCAGGAGAUUGUCUUGACCAGGACCACACCCCUAAAUGCAUUGAAGCAACUGCCAUGUGAUUGGUUGAUUAGAUAAUUGCAUUAAUGAGAAAUUGAACAGGUGUUUCUAAUAAUCCUUUAGAUGAGUGUAUUUAAUCAUGUAAAGCUGCUUUGCAACAAUUAACAAUUGUGAAAAGCGCUAUAUAAAUAAAAUUGAAUUGAAUUGAAUUAAUCUAGCAUUUUUACCUGCUGCUUACAAUAGCAUUUGUUUGCAUUUUAAUGUAUCUUGUAUAUGUUUUGUGUACUUUUAUGUCUUAUUUUCUGUUCUAUAUAUUUUUGUCUUAUUUUAUAAUGUUUAUAUUUAUUUCAGGAACACCAUAUAUUUAAAAUAUAUAUUUAUGGUUGACCUAUUUUAUAUUCUCUAUAUUCUCCAUUGUUUACAUUGGAUUUUGUAUCAUCUGCCAUCUUUGUGUCAUUGUUGUCCUGAACAAGUCUUCUUAAGAAGCUGUUUUGGGUUUGUUCUUCCAAACUCUUAGGAUGUGAAUGGUACGGCAAUAAAGACAGCAUCAUUUCUAUAGAUGCUAUAGAAAUACUGUGUUUAAUUCUGCUUGUAAAGGCUGAGAAGCUGAGACCUGAUUUGAGUCAUGGGUGUUACAUUUUUAAUAUGCGCC